CACCACACUCUCCUGAAUAUCGUUGCAGAAGAAAAUUUGCAAAUCUAUCGAUACGCGACGUUUCGAUAUAACAUAACAUAUAUCAUGACAAUAAACAAAAUGUAAAAAGCGAUGAUAAAGGUUCGCCCGAUGACAGGAAGCUGAUAUAAAACUUCCUAAAGUCAAACGAUCAUGGAGCAUGAAGACUCGAAUAAUUUGUGUAAAAGUGUAUACUCCUCGGAGAGCAAGUCAAAUUCUAAAUUGGAAACGAAGAAAUUAAACAGAAUCAGCACGUGCGUUCGAUUAGUAAUAAGACCUCUCAGAAUAUUCCAAUUUCUAGUGGUACUACUGAUCUUUGUACUUAUCAUUUACACGAUAUCACUGGGUGAUUCUACUUUACCAUCUAUAACGUGUAUUUUACUGAUCGUGCUUGCUGGAGUGUACGUUUUCGUCUUGUCGAUCGAUCUAAUUAGUCAGUUCAUCGGAGGAGAAUUGAACACGACGCCGAUGUUUCUUUUUUCCUUAUUGGGCACGAUAUUCUUCGCAAUCGCUGGAAUCCUUCUAUUGUUAAGUUACUCUUCACCAUGGUACAUAAUAACAAUCGCGUGUCUUUCUCUUUUCGCGUUCAUCCUCUUCAUAAUCGAAGUCUCAGUGGUACUCGCAUUUUGGAAACGUACCUGCAAUCUCUGUCGGCAGUGCUGUUACGCGAAGCCGACUGAAGUAUUGUUUCAGAAGGAAACCUGCGGCCCCUUAUCCGCCGAAACGGUCAAACAUGACCUGAUGACCAGCAUCAGCAGCAUCAAAGUACCUUACGGAGAGGAAGACGCAGUCGCUGAUCACAGUCACAGAAAGGUUUCAUUUGGACAUCGACGACAAUACGUCGAUUGUCCUACAAGUGCACGGAGCUUAUGCUAUGUGGAAGCUGCUGAUGUUCAAACGGAUCAUCAGCAAACAUUGAGCAGACAGUGCCAAACUCAGCGAGAAGUAAAAGAGAUGCCUGUGCAAACUGUGAGCAGAUGCGAGCUAUGCAAUCGCGCAGUACAAUUUUUCGCAAGCUCUUCAGCUGUGAUGCAGCCUACGAUUCAACAAGCACCUUGCGCACCUUGUCCUGCAUUUCUACAGCUUCUUAGAGGAACAACGUGUUGUACAGGUUGUAGAUGUGUCACGGGUAUAAUUCAAGUAUCGCAGCAAAGCCAACAGCAGCAAACGCAGCGGGUAGAGCAAUCGAAGCAAGAUAAGGAAAUGAUAAAAGAACAAACGGACAGGGUGCAAUCGGCGGAGAAGAAAUCCUACAAUAUGUUGACGAGCACCCAACACGAAGCGCAAGAUCCGGAUUUAAGAGGAGUCUCGGAAACGAAAAUCACGAAAUUCACUCUUGGUUCUUACUGCGUAAUGCCGAAAACUCACAUAUCGUGCCAAACUGCCUCCAAAACGGCGAAGAAAGGUGAAUCAGAAGAAGUGAAGAAGGUAAGGGUAAAUGCAGUGAAAAAGGAGGAGGCGAAGAAAAAGAAAAAUGAGAAAGAUGAGAAGAAGAAAGUGAAACCAACGGGUAGGGCGAAAAAGUCGCAAUCUCCACAGAGGACAAAGUUGAAUAAAGAUGUGGACCCUUCUACGGACAAACCAGAGAAAUCAUUCAAGGAAACAGAUUUCAUAUCUAAAAACCCAACGGUAUCCCCCACGUUAGAAAUGUCAGAUUCUCUUUUGGAAGCUACAGACAGUCAAUUGGAAAAUAUCCAUAAGUUGAAUCCUGUAGAAUCGAAGGUGUUAAUUCCCCCAACAUGCCAGGUAGCAGAAACGAUAAAUCGUUUGCAAGAAAUCGAGAAUCAAUCGAGAACGAAACCAGAGAAUCCAUCGAUAAUUAAAGGUAAUAAAGAAGACGAUAAACAACGGAAAAUUGAUGCUGAUCAGGAAGAUAAAAGGAAGAGUACUCUUACUGAAGAUUCGAUCAGCAUGGACGAAGUGUUAAACUAUACAGUAUGUCUGAGAUCGAAAGAAAAUGUAAAAAAGACUAAAGUUUCUGAUGAUCAAUUGAAGAAGGAUAAAUCAACUAUAGAACAGGCAUUGGAAACUGACUCGGAAUCUCAAUCUCAAGCGGAAACACAGACAACUCAUACAGAAAUGACCAAUUCAGCUACCAGAAUGAAAAGAAUGUAUGGGUUCCGAAAAAACAACAAAGUUGAACCUACUAAACUGUCAUACACUGAGGUCAAUAUCCAAACUCCUGAUUAUUGUGGGAGUUCUAACCCCAGGAAGAUAGAGACAGCAGAGGAACUUGCCGAACAGAAACAGAUCAAUCCUGAACGAAAAGUUAUAAAUAUUUGUCCAGUUUGCAACAAGACACAGGUACCUGUAUCGCCUAGUUCCUUACAGUAUUAUACUGCUCAUAAAGACAAGCAAGAACGAUUAUACUGUGAAUAUUGCGCGACUCCAAAUACGAUAAAGGGAUUAAGUAAAGGUGAGCAAAAACGUUUAAAAUGCACUGGAUGUGGUGAGUAUCUACGUACGAAGAGCAGUCAGGUAAGAAGUUCAGUUUUGUUGCAUAGAACUUAUUUAGUAAUUUACGUUACGCUUAUUUUCAUUUUCAGAACACUCGAGAUAAAUCUGACAAUUGUCCACAAUGUGCUUCAAUACCAACACCUGCACAAUCAAGUGUGCUAGCAUAAUUUUCUUA